AUGAGCUCGCAGCGCUAUCAACGGGUGAACGCCCACGAUGAAGAGGAUCACUCGCAAUCUUAUCAGUUGAACCCUACUCGAUCCGAUCUCAACCCGACUUCUCCGCCUCCCUCGUUCCGUUCCCGUUCCCGUUCGUCCUCGCCGUCGAGGCGACUGCUUCGCGGCGACCCAGUCCACAACGAUGACGACCAGACCUUGGCCGACGCCUUUGGCGACGAGGACGUAUCGGAUGAUGAUGAUGAACCUGAUGAUAGGCAGCGGCUGAUGCGUGCCAACCCGGAUGUCGGGUCACCGGCCAACUACGACCAGACAGAGUCAGCAGCCUCGUCGUCGUCGGAAAUCAGGAGUAAUGGACAAGAUCAGCCUCCUACUUCAACGCUCCUGCGACGACCGACCAUCCUGCCUAGCUUUACGACACCAUUACCCGGAGGAGGUCGGUCUGUCGCUCAAUCUAAUGACGGAGUCUUUGCCAAUUUGGCGGCCAAGCCAGAACGGGGCGAGAAGAACGAGGAUCUACCGCCCUCCUACGAGGAAGCCGCCGCCGAUGCGACACCACCAUAUUGGGAGACCACGAUCGUUGCACCCGGCAUCUCUUCCGACGAAGUUUAUGUCGACGGACUGCCCGUGGGGUCCGUUUUCUCGUUUGUUUGGAACGCCAUGAUCUCGAUGUCUUUCCAGCUCGUCGGCUUCCUGUUGACCUACCUCCUGCACACCACUCAUGCCGCAAAGAACGGUAGCCGAGCGGGUCUCGGCCUUACUCUUGUUCAAUACGGUUUCUAUAUGAAGGGAAGCAGCAGCGAACCUUCGGGCGGCGACGGAGCCAGCGAUCAAUAUGUCCCACCCCCAGACCCCAAUAGCCACAGCUUCGAUCCCAACUCCGUUGGAGACACUUCCGGCGGUGGCGAUGGCGGCAACGCGAUAUCAGCCAUCACCACCAGCGAGUGGAUAUCGUACAUCCUCAUGAUCGUCGGAUGGUUUAUUUUAAUUCGCGCGGUCAGCGACUUCCUCCGCGCUCGGCGCCACGAGCAACUAGUGUUGCAGAGCCCUGAUCGAGGGCUUGGCGUACCGGUCAUCGCAGAGGGAGAACGGUCCGAGACGGUGGUUUAA